GUUGUAUAAUUUUUUUUUUUUUUUUUUUGGCUGCGACAAGGGAAAAAGUUCACAACAGAUUAGCACAGCGUCCAUGCAAAAUGUCUCUUUUACGCGUUGGCUGUACUACGGCCAGAGGAUUUGUAAAGAGAGGAUUGUUUUUAGAGUCGACUUAUACUGGAUAUCAUAGGUCAGCAGGUUAUACAUCUGGUGGUGUGACCAAAGAUAAAGAACCGUUAAAGAAAGCGAAAACGCCCCAAGGACGCUUUGACAUGGACGAAACGGAGUCAAAAUCGAAAGAGGUUCUAGAACGAUUUCCAGAUGAUGUGAAUCCAGAAACUAAGGAGAAAGGUGGUCCCAGAGGUCCUGAACCUACACGAUACGGAGAUUGGGAGAGGAAGGGACGUUGUAUUGAUUUUUAGUUUGUCCUGUUGAUGAUAAUAAUAAAAUGUAUUUAUUUUAACAUUUAAAGGUGAUCAAUCCAUCUCCAUACAGAUACAAAAAGAGAAUUUCUGGGCCAGAAAUGUGAACGUGUAUCCUGAUUGUAUGGGCCUACUAUGUAGAACGGAUGUUUGCGUAAAAAUAGUUUGAACUACUUUAACGGAUGUGUCCAGCCUUUAAUGGACAUCUUGACAAUAAAUCUGUUGGAUGGGAUGCUGUUGGAUUUUUGAAAAAGAUAGAUCUUAUGUUUUUAUUCUCUUUGGAAGUGUGUAACAGAUGUCUGCAGGCCCGAAAAAUCUCUUAAAAGAAUAAACAUUCAACUCAA